AUGCUAUGUGUUCCAGGCCUGGUGAGGGCUGCUGGGUAUGUCGUGAAGGAGUCGUCCUACAGGCCAAGGACACGUCUGUGUCCAGAGGAGGGGUCUGGUCUUGCAGUGGGCCGCUGUGGAGGGGUUGUCCUGUCUUGUACUGAUAAGCUGAACAGACGUACGGUGUUGGUCCGACCCGUCAGCAAACAGGACUCCUUCAGCCACCUCUCUGGCUUCCUUCCGCCUACAGCAGCCAAGGUCCUGGAGGUUUCCUCCCACCAGCAGCACGGAUUCCUGUCCAUCACAUACACCCAGGCGGUCACCAGAAACGUCCGCCACAAGUUGACCACGCGGCUGGAACGAGCAGAUCUUCGUGGGGCCCAGCGGCUGACGGAGGGCCCGGCUGACGGGUCUCCCCACUACCUGAGAGAGAUCCUGUUGACCGCCCAACCUUUUGACCUUGUCCUCUCCUGUCCCUUACUGGCCACCGUAGCCGGGGUGUUCCACGCCUCGCUGCCACGACGAUACCGGGACCUCGGCAAGACGGCGGGCCAGCCGAUGAGAAGUCACGCCCUGACGUCGCGCAGCCUGCCUCUGAUAUAUGUCAACACAUCAGUGAUCAGGGUGUUUUGUCCCUGGAACCCGGACGGACAGGACAGACACACAGAACCCCAGCUGAGGAGAGAGAGAGAGGACACUCUGGUACUGAAGAUAGGAUCUGUCAGCGUGGCCCCUCAGGCAGAUAACCCUCUGACCAGAACCGUGCUGCGCAAGGACAUCUACCAGCGAGCGUUGAACCUGGGCAUCCUGCGCGACCCGGGGUCAGAGGUGGAGGACCGCCAGUACCAGCUGGAUCUGCAGUCCAUCAACAUCGGUACCGCCCAAUGGGAGCAGCUCAAACCAGAGAAGGAGGGGUCUAAGGGGGGCGUGUCCACCGAGACAGAGAGGAACUCACAGAACCCUGCCCUGGAAUGGAACAUGGCCAGCAGUAUCAGGAGACACCAGGAGAGGAGAGCCAUCCUCACCCCCAUCGUGACGGACUUCUCUGUCAGAGUGACAGCAGCACCUGCCAUCAUAUUCAGCAAGCCCAGAUCCCCUGACAACAGACAAGUGGAGGAGGUGCUGGUGUGUGGUCACUCCCUGGAGGUGAACGUAACAUCUAGUCUGCAGUUCUUCCUCAGUGUGGCCCAGGUCCACCUGCUGCAGUUGCUGUUCCAAGCCAACAUGGUGGAGGGACCUGCCCCAGAGACCAGCCAGGUAAGAGAUGGUCACAUCCCAACUCAGGUCAACAUGGUGGAGGGACCUGCCCCAGAGACCAGCCAGGUAAGAGAUGGUCACAUCCCAACUCAGGUCAACAUGGUGGAGGGACCUGCCCCAGAGACCAGCCAG